GCGUUGUGGAGCCGCAGCCCCUCGGCCCCACCGGGGCAGACCCUGAGGUCCAGAGAGGGUGAGCACCCUGCCCUGGGACACACAGCCCACCGGGGCCAGGUAGCUCUCUCCGCCGCAAUGCCGGGCGCUCCGGCUCCCGCGACGGCUCCAGUGUUUGCUCGGCACUCGGGAACAGAUGGCUCCAACUCCCACCCACGGAAGCCAAACAUUUUCCCUGGUUACCCUGCUAAUUUGCUCACAAGCCUCCUCUUGUAAAUAGAGAGUACAAAGCCUCCGGCGAACAGCGUGUCUGACGAGCGAUUUCUAGCUGCACCGGUAAGGCUUCCGACCGAGCAAGACAAGCCCCAGCGCGGCUGCCAUGGGCUCCGUGGGCAGCCAGCGCCUCAAGGAGCCCAGCGUGGCGGGCACGCCGGACAGGGCCGUGGUGACCAGCUUCGGCUUCGACGGCUGCCAGCUGGAGGAGGAGGUGGCCGUGCGGACAGCUGGGGGCCAGGACGGCGGGCCCGGGGGCGCCCCGGUUUUCACGGACUCUGCGGUAGGUGAGCCUGUGCCCGACGACCGCUACCACGCCAUCUACUUUGCGAUGCUGCUGGCCGGCGUGGGCUUCCUGCUGCCCUACAACAGCUUCAUCACCGACGUGGAUUACCUGCACCACAAGUACCCAGGGACCUCAAUCGUGUUUGACAUGAGCCUCACCUACAUCCUGGUGGCGCUGGUGGCCGUGCUCCUGAACAACGUGCUGGUGGAGAGACUGAACCUUCACACCAGGAUUACCGCGGGCUACCUCUUGGCCUUGGGCCCCCUCCUCUUCAUCAGCAUCUGUGACGUGUGGCUGCAGCUCUUCUCUCACGACCAGGCUUACGCCAUCAACCUGGCCGCUGUGGGCACCGUGGCCUUAGGCUGCACAGUGCAGCAAUCCAGCUUCUAUGGCUACACGGGGAUGCUGCCCAAGAGGUACACGCAGGGCGUGAUGACCGGGGAGAGCACGGCGGGCGUCAUGGUGUCCCUGAGCCGCAUCCUCACCAAGCUGCUGCUGCCGGACGAGCGGGCCAGCACGCUCAUCUUCUUCCUGGUGUCCGCGGGCCUCGAGCUGCUCUGCUUCCUGCUGCAUCUGCUGGUGCGGCGUAGCCGCUUCGUGCUCUACCACACGGCGCGGCCCCGCGACAGCCGCCCCGGCUGCAGGGCCGGCUACCGGGUGCACCACGACGUCGCGGCGGGGGACGUCCACUUCGAGCACCAAGGCCCAGGCCUGGCCAACAGCGGGUCCCCGAAGGACAGCCCGGCCCACGAGGUGACCAGCCACGGCGGGGGGGCCUACACGCGCUUUGAUGUGCCUCAGCUGGGAGUCGCGCGCAGCUGGCCCUCCUUCAGAGCCCUGCUGCUGCACCGCUACGCCGUGGCCCGCGCCAUCUGGGCCGACAUGCUGUCCAUCGCCGUCACCUACUUCAUCACGCUGUGCCUGUUCCCGGGUCUCGAGUCCGAGGUCCGCCACUGCGUCUUGGGCGAGUGGCUGCCCAUCCUCAUCAUGGCCGUGUUCAACCUCUCCGACUUCGUGGGCAAGAUCCUGGCAGCUCUGCCCGUGGACUGGAGGGGCACCCACCUGCUGGCCUGCUCCUGCCUGCGUGUGGUCUUCAUCCCCCUCUUCAUCCUGUGCGUCUACCCCAGCGGCACGCCCGCCCUGCGCCACCCGGCCUGGCCCUGCGUCUUCUCUCUGCUCAUGGGCAUCAGCAACGGCUACUUUGGCAGCGUGCCCAUGAUCCUGGCGGCGGGCAAAGUGAGCCCCAAGCAGCGGGAGCUGGCGGGCCCAGUCUCGUCCGCAGGGAACACCAUGACCGUGUCCUACAUGACGGGGCUGACGCUGGGCUCCGCCGUGGCCUACUGCACCUACAGCCUCACCCGGGACGCCUACAGCACUUGCUUCCGCCCCUCCGCCAACACCUCCGCCCCCGCCGGCCUCUGAGCCGGGCCCGGGCCCCCCCCCCCCCAACUCUGGCCCGGACUAGGGGCCCCGAGGCCCGAGGCCCCCUCCCCGCCCCUGCCUGCAGUGCCUGCGGGGCCCCGGCCUCCCCCUGUGCCAGUAACGCCACCCGCCGGGUCCGGCCGGCCGUCACGCCGGCCCCAGGGUUCUGCCGAGCCCUCCGGCCCCCCAGAGCCACCCAGCACUGUGCUCUGCGUCGCGUCUCCGGCCUGUCCUUCACCCUCUGUGUCCGGUGGCCCCAGCCGUCGCCAGACGAGUGCCCUCUCUGGGGUCGCAGCCGUUCCCGGCCAGGAGAGCAGACUGCCAGCCGGUAUCCCCUCCUGGUGACCCUCACCCACGGACCCGGGCCCCAGCCCUCCUCCACCAGGGGCCCUCCUCGUGAACACAAGAGGUCCUCAGCGGAGAGGGCCUGUCCCCCUCCGUCUGUUCGUAAACACUGCUUCUUUCGAACAAAACGCAUCUGCCGGGAGGGAAUCGUAGCCCUGGGUCUGAAUGGUUUCAGGCCACGGUCUACGCUGGUCUAUGACCACAGCUUCCGCACCGGUCUGGGCGCACCCACCCCAUGCCGAAAUCCCCCUCCGUGCACCCUGGCGCCCACCUGAUGCCACAGGCCUGGCAGUCUGUGCCUGCCCCGAGACCCCGUCUGCUUCUCUGGCCACCCGUCUGCCUGUGACGCCGGAAGGGGGCACGCUCUGGUUGCAGUCUCUCUCUCAGACGCUGAUCCUCACCCAGGGAGGCCCAAGGAGGGACGUGAGUCCCUGGCAAGCAGGGAGGUGUGGGGGUCCCUCCUCAGCCGGGACCCUCAAACCCCAGGCUGGCCCGGUGCCCUGAGCGGAGGAAUUUCUGGAGUGUCUUGACAAAGUCAGGCUUCUCAGGGGAGAGGAGUCUGCCCUGCCACCCCCACGGCACAGCUGUGACCACCCGCACCUGUGUCCUGUCUCCCCCUCACCCCCCACCGUCUGUCCACUAAGUGUACCGCACUGGCCAUUAAAAGAUGAAGGCAGAAACUCCCCA